AGAGAAACCCCUGCAGAAAAGAAAAGAAAAAGAAGAGAGAGAGAGAGAAAUAAAAUUCCCGCUCGCUCUUCCUCCUCCUCCUCCUGCUUCUUCCAUCGUCUUCCUCAAAGUCACCCCCAGCUCCACUCCCUUCUCUUCCCCCUUGGAAAAAGAUGCCGCCUUUGCCUCCCGACACCAUCCCUAGGAAGCGAUUCCUAGGGUUCCUGAUAUGGCAAUCGAUCCCCACCACCCUCCUCUUCCUCCUCUCCACGUCGUCGGUCCUCGCCUUCUUGCUCCGCUUCGCCUCCUUCCACCUCUCGCAGCUCCUCUUCUCCGCCUCCCUCUCCUUCCUCUCCUCGCCGCGGCCCGAUCGCCCCGCCUCGCCGCUCGAGCUCGCCCUCGGGCUCGUCCGGUCGGCGGUCGAGUCGCGGCCGGCGCCGCCCGAGCUGCGGCGCCGGGCUAGGGCUUCGCUGGCCAUCGCGACGUUCGUCGUGGCGUGCGCGGUGUCGAGUUUCGUGGGCGCGGCGGCGGUGUGCUGGGGGGUGAGCUCGGGGGAUUCGAUCGGGAGAGUGGUGGGGUUUAGAGGUUUCGUGGUCGGGCUGUUGUACGGGGUGUUGUAUGUUUAUAAGCGGAGAUGGGUAUUGAAGUUUUCGAUCGUUCAGCGGACACUAUACUUCAGCUUCAAGAUGGGAUUGCCUUCUGCUGCCAGAAAUGCUUUUAAAUUUUCUGGUGCUGCCUAUAUUUUUUCAUCUCUGCUGUUAGCAUUUCUUCCUGAUCAUUGCUACGUUCAGACUAGCAUGGGAAGAUUCUUGCUUGAGCAAAUUAUCUUUUACAUGGGCACUCUUGCUGUUUUCCUUUGCUGGGAAUUGAGUCAUCAUUUGCACCAGGUCUUGCAUACAAAGAGGUUCAUAUUUGCUCCCCCAAGAGGAUCGGCUGCAGCAGAAACAAAUCCAAGCGAACCACUUCUUGCAGCCUUGGAGGAAAGUCACCCAAGUUCACUUGUUCACUAUCUUGCUUAUCUUGAUCUCUGCAUGAUUAGUGAGAAUAAUGUGGAUACUUGGCGUCGAGCUGCUUUCUUUGAAGAAACUGGCGACACUUACAAAAGAGUUAUAGCUGUAUGCCUGAGGCCUUUGGAAAAGCUAGCAGCAAAAUUAGCUGAAGGUCUGGAAACUUCUGCUGAUAAAAGCUACCCACUUUCAAAUCAGUUACUGUCCCCUACUGACCUUCAUCUUGAUUCAUCUUGCUAUGAACCACUACAUCAUUAUCAGCUGUAUGCGUGGUGUGCCAGAGCUGCUGCCUCUCUGACUGUGCACUCACACAAGGAGGACAGAUAUGGCGUUGCUCAGCUUUCUGGCAGCAACGCUGCUGUUUUAUCUACUCUAUUGUCUUGCCUACUCGCGGUUGAAUCAUUCAUGGGGAAGAGGACCCACUUGCAGUCCCAGCACCAGUUUAUGGGAGCCGGGGGUAUUAAAUGGGCGACCCCAAAUGCUGGAAGAAAGUAUUUUCCGUCCAGUACCAUGAGUAAGAAAAGAGGUUCUCCUCUGCAUUCUAAAGCAUAUGCUAUUGCUGAUGUUCUUAGGACAUCCAUCUACCAAAUAGUGUCUGCCUUCCACGACGAAAUGCUUGCUGGUGCCAAGUCUGGCAUUCUUGAAAAGGAUUGGACCAUCAAUGCGAAGCCUCCAUUUGGCACUCGCGAUCUCCUCUUGCAGAAAAUGCAUCUCUUCUUGGAUUUUCGGGCUAGCUAACUGUCUCUGAGACUCCCUUAUUGUAUGUCCAACUGUCUCUUUUUGCCUUUUUGUAUGAUUUGACCAUUCUGAAGAGUCAAGACGCCACAGGAUGUGAUUUUGUCGAGAGAUGAAUAUAAGCAUUCCCCAUUUUCCUUUGUGGUGAGAGAAUGUUUGCAUGCUUACUCCAAGUAGGUGCUGUGUUAGCUAAAUAGUAGUACUUCACCGGGAUGCUUAAUGAUUACUGGAUUGGCUCUGAACAUAGGCCUCUUGGAAUGUCUUGGUUAGGGUUCAUGAACAAUCUUGGAAGUGAGAGUGAACACUUGAGUUUUUAUCA